AUGGCAAUCCCGGCCGCUAGUACCUUAGUGUUGGUGAUUGUCGGUGUGACCAUCGGGUCAGCUGUCCUCGCUACCAUCAUCACCGUUAGCAUAUCCAUUACAGCAAAAAACCUUGCGACAACUAAUGCAACCACAAUAGCAGCUAAUGCAACCACAGCAACUGGAGCAGUCACAGCAGCCACUGCAGCUACUGCUGCAGCUACCACAGCAACAACUGCUACAGCCACUACAGGUUAUUCUAUCAAUUUAGUCGUUUUUGUUGACCCGUCCUACUUCCACAAAACACUGAAUGCUCCAGUAGCAAAAUCAAAACAAAAAUGUUACAUCAAAUCUAUGAUCGAUGUAAAAACCAAAAAAUUCUCCUCUAUCAAAAGUUUCCAAGCGUAG